UUGACAGUUGAUUGAACCGAAAUAACCUAAAAAAACAAACAACUUUGAAAGAAUCGCGUUCAUUGUUUUAAGGAAUUAUUGAAUUCAUUUAUUAUUUAUGAUAAUUGGGUUGAGGAAUAUUUCUUUUCUACCCAAGAUUUGUUAACAAUAUGGCUUCCAAAGAAGGAGGAGAGAAAACUAAAAAUGCUCAAGGGACUGGGGAUAAUAAAGAGAAGCGAAGGAAGGAAUCUAUAUUGGACUUGAGUAAAUACUUGGAGAAAAGUAUACGAGUUAAGUUCGCCGGCGGUCGUGAAGCCGCGGGUAUUUUGAAAGGUUAUGAUCCGUUGCUAAACCUUGUUCUCGACAAUACAACAGAAUUUUUAAGAGACCCAGACGACCCAUACAAACUACUAGAUGACACAAGAGCUCUUGGAUUGGUUGUAUGCCGUGGAACAUCAGUUGUAUUAAUAUGUCCUAUGGAUGGUAUGGAAGCCAUACCAAACCCAUUUAUAACUCAGGAAGGUUGAACAUAGUGUUUAUUGUAUUUAACAUAAGGAUUUAAAAUAAGUAAUAAAUAAGAAUUCUUUAUAUUUAAA